AACCUGGCUUGCAAGGAAAUCGUUGGCGAAAGCGUAUUCAAGCGUCGAAACUUUCUCCGGUCCUCAAAAUAUCUGUAGAAAUUUAGGGUUACGAAAAAUUCGGAAAUUAUUGCCGUCGUCUAUUGCCUCAAGGCCUAUCAUUAGCAUUGAAAUUUUGAAUUGGUAUAUCGAAGCGUAUUUGAGCUAUUAAAUGUUAUCCAUUUAGUUUCUACGUCGAGCGAAUCAUUCCUAAAUUCGUAGCUUGUUUAUUGUUUACGAUUUAGUUCAUAUAAUCUAGUUAAUUUAAGACGAAUACGAAGAUAUGCACGAGAAUAAUUACAAAGUUACACAAAGUACCCAAGAAUAGAAAGAAUAGUUACAAAGAAAAAUAUAAAGCUUAUUUUUCUCGUGGAGAAAGUACCCAAGUAGACUCGACAGCAACAUGUCGUGGUCAUGAAGCCUAUCACAUGCAUUAAAGGGAGUGCAAAAUACAAGUUAACCAAGAUUCAGGUCUUUAUGUAACGGUAUUAUUGCAAGCAGUCAAAGAAAUAGCGAAGCUUAAACACAAAGGAAAUUCUCGAAAAAAUAACAAAUUUAAUAUUGCUCGAACUGCAAAAAUUUAACACACACUUCCAGCUGCCGCCGCGCGAUGCUUGGUUCUGUCGUGCGGUCGGCUGCAGCGCUAGUGCAGGUUGGCUGCUUGGCACACUGCACGCUUGAGUUCUGCGCCGACUUUGUUGUGUGCGAGGGACCUUCAAUGGAGCCGACGAUCUGCGGAUCCGACAUACUUCUGGCAGAGCACAUUUCUGUCAGGUCGAGGAUCAUCUCCAAAGGAUCCGUGGUCAUCGUAAGAUCUCCUUCAGAUCCCCACUCCUACAUAUGUAAGCGGGUCAUCGCAGGGCCCGGAGACCGCGUCCCUAUUGUUGGGUCCUCAAGUUUUGUCCCCAAGGGACACGUGUGGCUGGAAGGUGACAACAAACUCAAUUCGACGGACUCGCGAGCCUUCGGUCCCGUGCCUUUUGGACUUGUCAGAGGACGCGCUGUCAUGAAACUCUGGCCACCCUCUGACAUCGGAUUUGUUUGAGGUUUUAUUAACCACUUUAUUAGUUACUGUAUUGUAAUUUCUUGUACAUAAAAACGAGGAUCUGUAAAGGAUCAUUUUAAAAUUAUUUAUAGCGAGACUUUGCAGUUUUAUUUGCGGAAUGAACGAAAACAAAUAUAUAGCUAUAUCAGUCUGACUGUAUUCUGAAAAACAUUUUUAAUUAGAGGAUUGUAACUAGUUAUUCCAAUCCUCUCUAAAAAUAACAAUUCUCGUUGUUUCUUCCCGAUGGCUUGAUUUAAGCACGUUUUGGAGUGAUUGUUUUCUGAGUCUGAAUCUCGUAAAAUGAAGGCAUUGUAAAUUUUACAGUGUUUACUCAUUUUCGGGAAUUCCAUCUCUAAUGACAUCUCCAAAGGCUACAUAAAUCACGCAUUUACGUGCAGGACAUGAGGUAUGAAAAUUUGCGUGCUUGAUUUUUGUUGCUGACAAAACAGCAGGUGACCUAUCAUAAAUAUGUGCAGACGUGUUACUCAGAUGGUAAAGCCGGUUGUUCAGGCUGCCAAUCAAUAAA